CUAGUAGCGAGUUAUAUGGAUUAAAUGGCAGACAAAUCAUGCGUAUCAGAAAUAAAAUCCCAGUGGGCACACAAGCAAGUCAAAGAAUUGCUUCUUCAACGUGCUGGACCUUCAAAAUAUAACUCCUAAUUUAAUAAAAAAAACUCGCACGUAAUCUUGAGGGUAACACCUCUAUUAUUAUACGUGUCAAAACUGGGAUUUUCACUGUUACAGGUUUUUGUAGGAACGACUUACACAAAUGAAAAAUAUUUCUGCAUUGAUCGACAUGAAAAGAGCAGAAACCAUCAAUGGUUAAUAACAAAUACAUACACUCAUCUGAAAUCUGGAUGAUAGCAUAUACAUGUUUGUAUUGAAUCAAAGCCCAAUUUGUAUAUUUUAUUGUGGCUGUUUGUUUGUUUGGGAUGGAGAAAGAAGAUGAAGCAAUCCCCAUCUUGUUGGAGCUGAAAGACCAGGUAAAAACAGGAAUAGAUAUUGCAAGCAGCAGCAGCAGCAGUAGCAGUUACAAUGAUAAUGAGAACGAGUUCACACAAGGCAGGCAUUUGGGUGGAUGGAAGUAUACUAGUCCAUGGGAAGUUGUCAAACAUUUUUGGCAAUGGUUCGCAGUAAUGAGAGAAACAUUCGGUGUUCCAUUUCUGGGUGUUGUUAUGAUUGUAUAUGGUGUCAGCCAAGGUUAUGGAGAGACAGUGAAGGGUCUUGCAACUAAUUAUUAUUGGAGAGAUGUGCAGAAAAUGCAGCCUGCUUCUACACAAGCUUUUAUGGCUUUAUCAAAUAUACCAUGGGACUUAAAACCAAUCUAUGGUCUGAUCACCGACACAUUUCCCAUUGCUGGGUAUCGAAGGUGGCCAUAUUUAAUUAUAUGUGGAAUUGCUGGGUGUCUUUUUCUUUGGGCACUUGCUUUCUUAAACGUAACACCUUGGGUAGCUACCUUUUUGAUGGCUGCAGUAGCUAUGUGUACUGCGUUUCCAGAUGUUGUGGCAGAUGCUGCAGUUGCACAACGCAGUAAAACCACUCCCGAACUUGCAAGUGAUUUACAGAGCUUAUCUUGGGGGAGUUUGGCAGUUGGUGGUUUAUUUGGAUGUGGAGUUUCUGGGGCAGCAGUACAUGGUUGGGGACCACAAGGUUCCUAUAUGUUAGUUUCAAUUGCACCACUUAUGCUUAUAGUUGCAGCAUUGGGCCUUCCAGAAAUUCGUUUGCAAAAGAAAAUGUCAAAUUUUCAGUCUGAAGCACUGAUGCACACUCUUCGAAUUUUCAGACAAACUCUGUGUGAUCCUAUUCUUUGGAGACCUGCACUCUACAUUUACCUUUCGCAGGGUUCUUUGUGCCCAGAUAUAUCUGAGGCCAUGUUUUUCUGGCUUACAGAUCCUGUGGCGGGUCCUGGCUUCAGUGAAGAAUUUAUGGGACUUGCAAGUGCAGUGGGCUAUAUGGCCAUGUUUAUUGGUGUAGCCAGUUACAAUUGUUGGUUCCGGUAUCAGACGUUCAGGAAGAUGUUCCUCUGGCCUCAGGUAGCAUCUUCAUUUAUUGGGCUUCUUGACAUCAUUCUUGUCACUAGGAUGAAUCUUAGAAUGCAUAUUCCUGAUCAAGCUUUUGUUUUAGGUGAUGAAGCUUUAUCAGAUGCUCUAUCCAGGCUUCAGAUAAUGCCAUUGCUUAUAUUAUCUGCCCAGCUUUGCCCCACUGGUAUUGAGGGCACUGUCUUUUCUUUCCUGAUGUCAGUGUCCAACUUUGGCAAUACAUGUGGUUCUUGGUUUGGUGCACUUCUGCUUAAGUGGCUCCAUGUUCAAAAGGAUGACUAUAGCAGACUUUGGUUGGCAGUACUUAUCCGAAGCCUCUUGAGACUGUCUCCCCUCAUGUUUCUUUUUCUUGUACCAGACUGUACAGUGGAAAACAUCAAACCACCAAGCAUUUCCCUAUCAAAUAAUUUGCAAAUGGAAGAAACUUCAAAGGAUAUUGAGCUCUGCAGUGAGGUUUCAGCGCACAAGGUUAAUGAGUGUAUAUAGACUACUUGCAUCUAUUGUAUACAAUAAGAAUUUACAGAGUGCCAUUGCCUGCAGUGUUUGGCUUCAUGGAUGAUAGAAAAUAAAGGGUGGAACGCCAUUGUUAGAAUGCAUGGUUGGGUUGGUCUGCCCAAGAUGCAGCAUUUAGUGGGAUUUUUCAAUCCAGUGACAGCUAGUAAGAAGACAAUGAAAGUUAUGAUUAUUGCCUAUACACAUCUCUAUUACCAAAUGAUAGAUAAAUUGCGAAGACUUGGACUGGUUCUGCAAACAAUGGACAAACUCCUUGAAGUAUCAAGUUAUCACCAUGCCAAGACAAAUAACUUAUAUUGUAACUUUGUUACAUGAGCACUUUUUUAAAGUACUACUAAUAUAUGAAGGAUAAGUUGAUUAUUGGGUCUGA